CACACGUGAUAAGAGGGACGGACAACAACAUGGGCUGUGCAGCGAAACCUAUAAAAGUGCUCGGGCUGGAAAAGUAGACUACAUCCUGGAAAUUUCAGCAGUUUCGUAAGCUUACAUCUUACGAACAGAAGAGGUACAGAAUGAACACAGAUUGGACUCCCACGCUGUGGCGUGAUACUUUCGACGAAAUGUUGGAAGAAGAAUUAGAAUACAAUGACAGCUGGAUUGUUCAGUUCAACUACAGCCUACAAGAGAAUCUCUCUAAAGAGGAGAGGAGGGGAUGGAAGAUCUACUGCCAUCGUGCCUACGGAAAAUUUAGGUGUGGUACCUGUUCCAAAGAUUGGCCAUCGGCCCGGGUUACUCUUCUCUUCCACUACCGCCUGCGCAGCGAGGCAGCCCGGGGGACGGUGAUCAUGCGACCCUUCAGACAGGCGUGCCGGGGCUGCAGUGGGAACUUUGAGCUCCCAGGGUUCUCCAUGGAGGAAGUAGAGAAGGUCCUGCUCAAGCUGAUUGGCAAGAUCAAGAAGAACUGCUACGGUGAAGAGGAAGAGGACAACAGCGAUUCCUGCUCCCCUGAGAAAGUGCGGACGAAGCCGCAUGAGAGUUCGCUGUGUGAGGCCUGUAGUCAGGGGAUCUGCUGUGUGGAAGACUAGUUUCCACAGAGCCUAGUCUAGGAACUGGGAAAGGAAACAUGAUUACCUCAGGAGCCCCAACAGGCAACAUGAGGUGCUCAAGUGGUUACCUGAGACAAAUAAUUUCAAAAUGGUUUUUUGUUUUUUUUAACGAUGACAGAAAAAAUGCACUUUACGCAAUAUAUAUUUAACCAACGUAAUAUGGAAGAAAAUAUUUUGAGAGGCCUGAGGGCUAGGAGUUGUUUGCAGGGGUGAUUAAUAAAAUCUCAUGUGCAUCUCACAACUCUUUGGAGUGAUAUUGUGUAUACGCAGAAACACGUUAUAGUGUGUUUUUUAUAUUUUUUAAUGAUAUAAAAUAGUAAUGAUCUAAACUAUUGUUUAAAUGCUUCAGGCUUCAUUUGUGAGACACAAUGCUUUACGCAAUAUUUUCAAGGACUUAAAAAAAAAUUCAAGUUAUCUUUCUUAUGUCGCUGUUAAUACAAAACUUUCUUAUAUUAUUUUCCAUGUAAAAUGACUGGAUAAAUACACAGUGUUACUAGCUUGCUGAGAAUACUCAUGGACGUUAAGUACUUUCUUGUCAAAUAACAAACAAAAAAUGUAUUACGGAAGUUUGGUGUUUCAGAGCCCCUCAGUGUCCUGGGUCAGUGCCUCCCCCCUCAGCACCUGCAGUAGGUCCCAGCUGCAGCAGUGCAGUCUCUGUACAGUCCGACUGAGGGAGGUUUUUGUACGGCUCUGUAUCACUGUGUGAGCGGCGUGCUAUAACCCUGCUGACAGUAAUAAUCUCCUGCAUCUUCAGCCUGGACUCCAGUGAUUUUCAGUGUAAACUGAGUCCCAGAUCCACUCCCACUGAAACGAUCAGGAAUCCCAGACUGGCGAGUUGUGGCAAUAUAAAUCAGAAAUUUAGGAGCCUGACCAGGUUUCUGCAGGUACCAGUGGAGCCAGUAACUCACGCUCUGACUGGUUGUACAGCUGAUAGAGACAGUGUCUCCCAGCUGAACAGAUUGAGCUGCUGGAUCCUGAGUCAGAACUAUAUCUGCCAUUGAUUCUGAAAAAUAAAACAUGGAAAUGGAUGUCAAAGCACAUUAAUAUUCUCAAACACUGUGCAAUAUUCUGGUAAAUUUGACUAUGCAUUUAUGACAAUGCUGUGAACAAAGUUGCUUUCUUAAAAGUAAAGAAAUAAAAUGUAGCAUGACGAAAAUCCAAAGUUAAACUGGAUCCGUCAAUCUUACCCUGAGCAAAGAGUCCCAGCAUCACCAGCAGUAAAA